AUGGCAAAACUUACUGAUGAUGCCGACUACGAUGCCGCCCAAACGUUUGAGAAUGUACCAAGUCCACUGUCUGAUGCUGGGAAUCAUGACAACUAUUAUGGCAGACGACUUCGGACUAGCAGUGUAGAACUGCGUGACGACUGCACUUCAGGAGAGCCUCGACUGCACUCUUCUGCCAGCGAUCAGCGCCUCCGCUGGCUCGGUGUACCCGGACGCGCCAGCCUGGCCCCCACAUCCGCCGGCCUCGGCCACAUGUACCCUUCACACCUCCUGACCCUGUCGACCCUUGGGAGAGGUGGCGACGGCGUCGGUGCCAACGGCGGCAACGGCAGCGGAGCUGGCGGCAUCUUCGAGGGUGGCAGCGUCUUACAGAACGCCAGCAGAGGAGCCUUUACAGCCGGCGCCCACGGCUUCACUCCGCUGCUGCUCAGCUCGGCCGACCUGAAUCCCGCUUCGAGGAACUCACUCAACUCGUGUGCAUUCGUCAGCCACGAGGGCGUCGUCUACGUCCCGAUGGGCCGGAUUCCCGGCUACCCCAGCAGCCUCUCCUCGGUCCCUCAGUCUCCAGCUCUUGGCAACAGGUACCCAGUCGCUGUGUGCCUUCUUACGAUUUGCCAGGCUUGA